AUGCAUGUGGUACGCAGUGGACUGAUCGGCGCCGCCGCCAUCGCGACGGCGGCGACAGCUCAAAGCAUCCCCGAGUCUCCAAGCCUCAAUUUCACCGGAGCAUUGGCGUCCGGCGCCUCUACCUUGGGCACAGCUGGCGAUUCGUCCUGGACUGCCGGUGGCGCGGCAAUCGAGGAGCCUAUGCGCCCGGCGCUCUCGCAGGGCGCCGACUUCAUCUCCGAGACGGCUGCCGCCUUGGAUCUGCUUGGCCGGGUCGGCUGGCUCCAAGCGGAGGCACCAAGCCACCUCCUCAACCUCGCAACCUCUCCGCACCGAUCCGCGCUAUUCAAGGUGGCCGUGCGGACCUUCUUUCCCGACCUGCGCCUCGGGGUUUACAGCAGGGCCCUCUCGCUGCUGCUGCUGCUCAAGGUCCUCCUCAUCGACAAGAACUAUGAUCCAGAGGCUCCGCCGCGCUUCCCGCAGGCCAAGCAGCACAUGAGCGUGCUCGUGCCGCAGGAGCAACUGCGCCCCUCGACGAUCCCUUCCGGAUACGCCGGCACACUCGUGCAGGCCUCGCACAUCCACACCAACGAGGAUGAGACAAUGCACGCCUAUGGCGAGGCGAUGCACUCUGGCCUUGUGCCGCUGCAUAUGAGCCCCGGCGAUCAGGGCGACUGGAUCCUGGGCGAGGACCCGAUCGAGGUGAUCCGCUGGAGCCUCGGGCCCUUUGUGUGGCCGUCCUUCCGGAACAUAGGCUCAUGGGGCACAGAGCGCAUCGGCGUCGAUGGCACCGGGUGGCCGCUCGGCGAGCAGCCGCCGCCGGCCUUCUCCGCUUACCGCUACUCGGACGCGGCGCUCGAAGCGCUCGUCUUUGAGGGGCUCGGCCAGCACCGCGUCGUGCUCAUCGAUCGCUCUCGGCCCGGACCGGCCGGAAGCAGCUCGCCCGAGGGGGCCCACUACGCGUUACCCCUCGGCUUUGCGGCUGCGGCCGAGGUGAGGCCAGGCUUUGCGCAGUUUGGUGCAGAUGCUUACUUUAACCGCGACGGCCGUGUGGUCGGUAUUGCGAGGGGUGGACGUCUCUACACGCCCGACGGCCCUCUCGGCAGCGGCCGGAGCUGCGUGUCCUCGCACCACUUUCUGGGAGACUACCACUUGUGCUCCGCGUGGAGCGACGGCUGGCUGCACGCCAAGCUCGCCCUUCGAGGUACGCUGUUCGCCGUGGUCACCGCCAUCGACCACCUGCAAGCCACGCACCUCACUUGGGGCAAUGCGCUUUCGCUGUCGAGCCUCGAGGUGCUUCCGACGAAUCACGCGCUCCGCCUCAUGCUGUCGCCCUUUGUCCACCGCACCGCUGCCGUUAACUUCAACGCGGCGAUCAUGCUCCUCUCUUCGGACGCGCUGCUGCCGCGCGCCAUGGCCCUCACGCCGGAAGGCUUCCGCACCCUCUUCGCCGCGGGCAACGCCUCGGACGCACUGGCAUUUGCCACCGUGCCCGACGCCAGGCGUGCGCGCGGGGUCGACACGCUGGUCCUCCCCUUUGACGAGGAUGGCGCCGAGUACUACGACAUCCUGCGCCGCUUUGUCCGAAAAUACAUUGCGGCGGAGGUGCGUUGCGACGAUCCGCUCGUGGCGCGGUGGUACGCCCGCCUCGCCAGCCUUCUCCCGCAGGGCGAGCUCCCGCCGCUCUCGUGCGGCUCGCUCGCCGACGUCAUCGCGACGUUCGCGCACCACGUGUCGGCGCUGCACGGCCACGUCGGACAGGUGGCGGGGGAGGUGGAGGACCCGUGCUUCGCCCCCUUUGCGUGGCGCGAGGGCGAGCUGUGCGGCACGCCUCGCCAGUCCCUCGCCCGCGCCUCAAUCAUGGCGGCGACCGGCUCCACGAACCCCCGCAUCAUCGACGACUAUUCCUUUCUGUUUAAGCGCGGCGAGACGAAGGGCCUCUGGCGGAAUAUGACGGCCGAGCUCCUCUCCUUCGGGGAGCGGGUGGACGCGCGCAACGAAGCGCGGGAGAGGGCGGGCCGACGGCGCUACCGCGUCUUUGAGCCUCGGAAUAUUGAGACGUCGGUGGCGGUGUAG